AGAGAGGGAGGAACCCGGCAAAUACCUUGUGCACCAAGCAGACGAGAGAAGUCAGAGGGGAGCUAGUCGAGGAAGAGGUUUGCCGUGGAGAGGAAGAGCGGCUGAGAGAAGUGGGACUGGCUGCGUUCGUUGAGCAGGAAGCCAGCGGAGAAGGAAGCUGCUCGCAGGCUGUGUGGAGUCAUGCAGAUCCAGUCGUCUGGUCCACAGUCCAAAGCCUCCAGCUUCAUCCUCAAUCAGAGAUGCGUGCUGGCCUCCAAGAUGGAAAUCCAUCGUGAGCAGAGUAUCUGUCAGGCAAGAGCCGCUGUCAUGGUUUACGAUGACACCAACAAGAAAUGGGUUCCAGCUGGCGGGUCCACGGGCUUCAGCAGAGUCCACAUCUACCACCACACAGGCAACAACGCCUUCCGCGUAGUCGGACGCAAGAUACAAGACCAUCAGGUGGUGAUAAACUGUGCCAUUCCCAAGGGACUUAAGUACAAUCAGGCCACGCAGACCUUCCAUCAGUGGCGUGAUGCUCGGCAGGUCUACGGGCUCAAUUUCGGCAGUAAGGAGGAUGCCAACGUCUUUGCCAGUGCCAUGAUGCAUGCCUUGGAGGUGCUGAACUCCCAGGACACGGGCCCCACACUGUCAAGACCAGUCCUCAGGUUCAGAAUGGUCCCACGCCCCGAAGAGCUGGAGGUCCAAAGAAGGCAGCUCCAGGAGCUCCAGAGACAGGCGGAACUGGAACGGGAACGCCAGGAGCGGGAACGCCUGGAGCAGGAGCGCCUGGAGCGGGAGCGCCAAGAACAGGAACGCUUGGAGCGAGAGAUGCUCGAGCGUGAACAGGAACGUCAAGAGCGUGAACAUCAGGAACGGGAACGUCAGGAGCGUGAACGUCAGGAGAUGGAGGCGCAGGCGGAGAGGGAACGCAAGGAGCAGGAGUGCCGGGAGCAGCAGGAGCGCACUGACCGUGAGCUGAUGGAGAGGGAGAAGGCCGAGAGAGAGCGUCUGGAGAAGGAGCAGCAGGAGCAGGAGGACAGAGAGCAGCAGGACUGGGAGCGAGGGAGACGCAUCUCCAACGCCGUCUUUGAAAGUUCCCUGUCCUCUCCCACGUCUCAGGAGUACAGCAAGACAUCUUCCACACCCGUAUCUCCGUCCACUCCCACCUACCCAACUCCCGCCACUCCAUCGCUAUCCUCCACCACGCCCCCGACUCCACCUCUCAGGCACUCGGCCUCCCGAUUUGCCACCUCCUUGGGUUCUGCCUUCCACCCCGUCCUGCCUCACUACGCCACGGUCCCGAGGCGGCAGCAAGCCUUUCCUCAGGCCCCGUCUCUUGCCACAGCACCCGCCCCUGCUCCACCCAAAUCUAUAGUGUGGUCUGCAUCCAAUUUUACUCCUCUGCCCCCCUCGCCCCCUGUUAUGAUCAGCAGCCCCCCUGGAAAGGCAGCAGGUCCUCGCCCCCUCAUCCCCAUCGCUGCCCCUUCCCCUCUAACGCAGAAGCCUCUUUCGCCGUCCCCCAACGGCCCCCCCAUGUUCCCCGCGCCAUCUCCCGUGACCAUCCCUCAUAGCCACACCCCUGUCGGUGUCACCUGCCCGACCCCACCUCCCCCACCAACCCCUCCUCCCCUCCCUUCCCCUGUGACACUCCCUCCCUCUUCCUCCUCUGUCUUGUCUCCCCUCUCCUCAUCCCAGGCUCCUGUUGUCCCCUCUCCCUCUACAGCGCCCCCUGUUGCUGCAGACGCCGCUUCUGCCUCUGCUGACCACCUCUCCCUUCCCGUGGGUCUGGGCCUGUCGGGGCCGGGAGAGCUGGAGACAGCCACCAGCCCAGAGUCCCACAUGCUUCAGGGGCGCGCCUCUUCUCAGCCCCAGGACAUGGUGCAGACGCCGGCGUUGAGCACCCCCACUCCCCCCCCGCCGCCCCCCUUGCCUCCCGGCUCCACUGUGACAUCUGCCCCUGCCAACCCCGCGGCCCCGGCUGGCCACCCGCCCCCGCCUCCCCCGCCGCCCCUGCCUCAGACACUGGCUCUCGGUGGGACCCCGCCUCCUCCGCCUGGCCCGCCUCCUCCCCCCGGAGCCCCCCUUCCUCCACCAGCACCUCCUCUUCCCAUCAGCCUGUUCUCACCUGCUGAGGACCGCCCCCUUUCAGGCCUGGCCGCCGCCCUCGCCGGAGCCAAACUGCGCAAAGUGGCACGGAGCGAUGAUGCAGGAGCGGCUUUGGCAGCAGCCGUGUCGGGAGCAGGAGGGGCCAAAUGUGAGAGCCGUGGAAACGGGCCUCUCCCAGGAGGAGGCGGUCUGAUGGAGGAGAUGAGCGCCCUGCUGGCCAGGAGGAGAAGAAUUGCUGAGAAGGGCUCAUCACCUGAACCUGACCAGAGAUCAGAAGAUGGUGAGAUGAACAACACCCCCAAAGUGUCAGCCUGUAGCACCCCAGACAUGCCCAGGAAGCCAUGGGAAAGAACAAACACCAUGAACGGUAGCAAAUCGCCAGUUAUCGGCAGACGAGACCGUCCGUGGAGAAAUCCCGUGGCAGCAUAUUCCUUCAACAGACCUAAAUCCACUCCGAUACCAACUGCAUCCUUAAGUGCCAACUGCGUGCCAACAGAACCUGUGGACUAUGACCGAUUGAAACAGGACAUUCUGGAUGAGAUGAGGAAGGAGCUGUCCAAACUUAAAGAGGAGCUCAUUGAUGCAAUCCGAGAGGAGCUGGGCAGGUCCAGCACAGCGUAGACUGAUCCAGACUCCCCGCCUGCAACAUGUGACCGAAAGAUGGCCACAGUCAGUUUAAGACAACAAAACAACAGAAGAACACAAUAAGCAAAACGGCGGUAGUAGCGGAGAGGACAACAUUAACUAUCAUAAACUGGAGAGAAGACUUUUUUCCACUGGCGGAGCAGAGUAGCGCCAAAAAUCAGCAAAGUAGAAGGAGAUGGACGCCCUUAAGCAGUCGCUCGGACUCACGGCAUCCACUUUAACCACGCUUCUUGUUUCUGCUGCCCCCUUCCUCCCGCUGAGGGCAUUACAUCCUGGAGGACAGAGGCGGGAAUGCCUUUAUGCAACAAUGAUCUCUCUCUCUAUUUGUUCCGUAAAAGCACGAGAAACGCAACACAGAAACUUCACAACAACACUGUAGUAACUGCUGGUGCAACUCUCCUGCAACCAAUCACAACUCUGAGCACUUGCGUGUGACUUACCAUCCAACGGCAGAAGGCAGGGCUGGACUGUAAACACUUUGAUUUCCCAUAAUGCCAUAGGGG